AAAAGCCAUUUUCCAGAAGAAGCCUCUGAUUGGCGUUCAGGGCGACAGCCGUCUGUUUGCAGUGGACUUCUUGGAAGGGCGUCCGGCGCGCGGACAGUACUCCGUUUCGAUUUCCGUUUCGAAAAGCGAUUCGCGUUUUGUUUCGAAUUUCGCGCAAAUCCUAAAAGUCGUCGUUUUGACGGAAGUUUCGGUCGAUUUCGCGGAAAUCUCGGUUCUCUUCGGAGACACCGGCGGAACCGCCAAACAGCACCUACUGGAGUUCCCUCGGACGCUGUCGGAGGUCUUGGACGCCGACUCUCAGCAAAGGAUUGUCAUUCGCUUCGCUCUGAAGGACGCGAAGAGCGCCUCAAAGGAGCCAAUGAGCGCUCACCAGACGUUCGUUCGGUUCGCGAACUCCCGUUCGGCACAAGAAGUGGUUUUUGUGGCGGAAAUGGAUUC